AUGAAGUCUCUCUCUCUUCUCUCCGUGGCUGUCGCCGCGCUGGUCUCCAACGUUUCCGCCGCCGGCGUAACCGGCACCCCCGAAGGAUUCGCCUCCGAAGUCACAGGCGGCGGUAGCGCCGAGGGCGCGUACCCCAAGUCAACCGAUGAGCUGGUCUCUAUGCUUGGCGACUCUACCACGCGCGUCAUCUUGCUCGACCAGGAGUUCGACUUCACCGGUACCGAGGGCACUGCGUCCGAGCAGGGCUGUGCUCCUUGGGGUACGGGCUCGGGCUGCCAGACGGCCAUCAACAAGGAUGAUUGGUGUAACAACUAUCAACCUGAUGCCCCCAAGGUCGAUGUUAGUUACGAUAAGGCGGGCUUGAACCCGAUUAUCGUCAACUCGGAUAAGUCGAUUGUUGGUGUUGGUGCGAAUGGUGUUAUCAAGGGCAAAGGUCUUUAUAUCAAGGGGACCAAGAAUAUUAUUAUUCAGAACAUCCAUAUUACUGAACUGAACCCUCAGUAUGUUUGGGGUGGAGACGCUAUUACCCUUGAUGGAGCUGAUCUUGUUUGGAUCGAUCACGUCACAACCUCCAACAUUGGCCGACAGCACAUCGUCCUUGGCACCAACGCCGAUAAUCGAGUCUCUAUCACCAACAACCACAUCAACGGCGAGAGCCAGUGGUCUGCUACUUGUGAUGGACACCAGUACUGGUCCAUGUACUUCACCGGUUCCAGCGACAUGAUCACCAUGAAGAACAACUACAUCACCAAGACCUCCGGCCGCGCCCCCAAGGUCGCCGGAAACACCGUCCUCCACGCCGUCAACAACUACUGGUCCGACAACUCCGGCCACGCCUUCGAGACCAGCGACGAAGCCAAGAUUCUCGCCGAGGGAAACCUCUUCCAGGACGUCAAGGCCGCUAUCGAGGAGGGAUCUACCGGUGCCAUCUUUGCCAGCCCUGAUGCUUCCGCCAACGCUGCUUGCUCCAGUGAUGUUGGUCACGUUUGCGAGGUUAACCAGUACGAUAACUCCGGUUCGCUGUCUGGUACCGAUUCUAGCUUCUUCAGCUCUUUCGGUGGAAAGGGUGCUGAGGCAAAGCCUGUUUCUUCCGUCACUGGCCUUGCUGCCAGUGCUGGUUUCGGAACUAUCUAA